CUCCGGGACACGCACGGACCUUGCACAGGGAAGCAACAAGCAGGAGAGAGCAGAUAUACUGUACAUAGGGGCCGGGCUGUCUGUCAUUGGUUUACUGACUGCAGAUCACAGGAUAGGGCACACCAACAACUGCACAUUCACACACAGACACACACACACACACACAUAGAUACACAGACACACACAUACAUACAGAGUGGCAAUGUAACUACUCCCGCACACACACGCAGCUGUACCCGCGCCGAUCUCUCUGUCGCUGCUACAAGUCGCUGCCUGGAUCUGCUGCCCACUAUGGCAUCCCAAGCCUUGGAAUUGUGCCAGCAGAAUGCGGAGGAGGUGAAGGUGUUAAUGAAAGACAAUGUGGAGAAAGUCCUGGAGAGGGAAGGCAAACUGGAAAAUCUAGUAGUUCGUUCUGAUGAACUGAAGAGCAUGGCCAGCAACUUCCAGAAGACAGCCAAGACCGUGGAGCUUAAAACGCGUUGGGAGAAAUGGCGUUGGUACAUUAUAGCUGGAUUAAUAGUUCUGGUGAUUGUGGUCAUUAUCAUCAUCAUUGUGGCUACGCAGCUGAGCGGGGGGCAAGCAGAAGCUGCAGCAUCUCCAGACCCCUAACAAAUGUAUCUGCAAAGUGUGUAUGCCACAUUUGGAAUAAAUGGGAAAGUGAAUGCAGAAGGAAAUUGAGAGGACAGCGCAUUAGAGAAUUACUCCUCAGCCCCAGUCUGUGUACAGAUCUGCAUAACACCAUUCACCUGGAGAUAACAGUCUGCUGACUGAAGAGUUGUUUAUUCAUUAACCACUAUACACAAACCACACAGCUGUCCUGUGUAUGGAUCUUAGAUCUAUUUCCCCCACUCUUGUGUGUGUUGCUUCAUAGACCAAUGCCUGUGCCUCACAAUGUACAGAACUCUGCACAACAAAAUGAGUGUUCCUCCUACUGUGUAUAGUCUUCAUCAGUGCUCUAUUGUGCAUAUAGUUCUGCAUAUAAUUGCUCUGCCAUUCCUUGCCAUUUAUAGACCUGCAGUGAACUAUUUGUCAUCUGUCUCCAAACUUAUAUUCACAUGUGAUGAUCAUUGUGCCUUCAGUGCAUAUCUGCAUAUGGAUCUUCAAAGAAUUGUUUCUGUGCCUUUAGGUGUACUGAUACAGUUGCACAAAAGUUAUAUACGUCUGUAAUCCUGCGCUACAGUUUAAUGCUGCCGUUUAAAAUCGAUGGGAUUCACCCUUGAACUGCUAUGUAAGUGUCUUUUCAACCCCACGCUAACACUUGUGCACCGAUCUGGAGGAAAACGACAGAAGUUUGGAGUGGUUUUCCAGUAUUUUUAAAGUUUUAAUACUUUAGAGAGCGCCUGUUUUUAAUCAUUUUUGUAUUUGCUGUACUGAUACAGUACCCGCUGCUGAUGUGAAUGCCAAUAUUUCGGUGUAUGCAGGGUUGUGCCACAUAUGAGGGACAUAUAUUGCUGCAGGCUGUAACCCCUUUGUGGGUAGACUUGAAAACCUUGUGUAUCUGCAGCGUGAAUAAACAUUGUUCAGAUAGA